AUGGUCAAGAAGGCUCGGAACAUCCGGAGACGACAGUCGACAACGCCUCUGAGUCGAAUGGCCCCGAAAGCGCGACCAGAAAAAAUUGAUGGGCGAACACCCGCUGCAACCAACGAACCAAAAUCACCUCUAACGAAAAGCAUAAUGGCAUUCGGUGCUUCAGGUGGUCGUGGUGGUUUUGGAGGUCGGGGUGGAGGUUUUGGAGGACGAGGUGGAGGUGAUCGGGGUGGGCGAGGUGGAGGGCGCGGUGGUGCACGAGGCGGAGGACGAGGUGGUCCACCCGGAAGAGGCGGUCGCGGCGGCGGUCGUGGAGGACCUGGUGGUCGCGGCGCACCCCGAGGACGGGGCGGCCCCAGAGGCGGACGUGGAGGUGGCAGAGGCGGGUCAAAUACUGUCCUUGAGCCACACAGGCACCCCGGCGUCUUCAUCGCGAAAGGAAAAGAUCACAUGCUGGUUACGAAAAACCUCGUCCCAGGCGAGUCGGUGUACGGCGAGAAGCGGAUAUCAAUCGAGGGUGGCGUGGAGGGUACGAAGGUUGAGUACCGGGUGUGGAACCCCUUCCGGUCGAAGUUGGCUGCUGGUGUCUUGGGCGGCCUGGACGAUAUCUUCAUCAAGCCUGGUGCGAAGGUUCUGUACCUGGGUGCGGCGAGCGGAACGAGUGUGAGCCAUGUUGCUGAUAUUGUUGGGCCGGAGGGCAUCGUAUAUGCGGUAGAAUUUUCGCCUCGUUCAGGGCGUGAUUUGAUCAACAUGGCAAAGAAGAGGACGAAUGUCAUUCCUAUCGUCGAGGAUGCCCGUCUACCGAACAAAUAUCGGAUGCUGCUAUCACUGGUCGAUGUUGUCUUCGCCGACGUCGCUCAGCCGGAUCAAGCCCGUAUAGUGAUACUGAAUUCGGAGCACUUCCUCAAAGACGGAGGGCAUGUCAUAAUUUCGAUCAAAGCCAGUUGUAUCGAUUCAACAAUCCCGCCGGAGACGGUCUUCGCACAACAGGUGCAGGAACUGAAGGAAGGCAGCUUUAAACCCCUCGAGCAGGUGACGCUGGAGCCCUACGAGCGAGACCACGCGAUGGUCACAGCAACUUACUACCGACACACAAAACCAGUAUAG